UCCCUGUGGAGAGCAUGGCAGUGAUGUAUUGUAAACUGCCUCUGAUGAUCUGGAUGUGCGGAGGCAUUCCUCCUGGCUGCAUUGAUGAAAAUAGAUGUUGGAGAUAUUCUGCACACUGCAGAAUUACAAUAUACUGUAUACAUCCACAUAACGCUAAACAAAAUGGACACAGGCACUAAAUACAGAAUAGUUCCAAUAGUUAUCAAUAGCCCAUCAGGUUGUUUUGCUUACCAUAUGCACCUGUUUCCACAAAUCUAGUAUAGAAUUACAGUUAUUAUAAAAUGUGUGGUGAUUCAAAUCCUAUUAUAUAAAUACAUUGAAAGAAAUUCACUUUGGAGUCAGCCUUGGGCAUAAAAUGACACUGGGGUGGCUUGCCUACUGCUUUCCCUACUCACGCUCUCUCUUGCUGCUCCAUCCCUUCGCGCCGUUCCACAAGCCGCUCGCUGCCUGCUCUGACACUCAGUUCCCAUUCUGCUCAUCCCACACUCCGCUGCUGGACACACAGUCGAGAACAAGAAGAUGCUGACGGAGCUUCUGUAACAAGGGUGCCACCAAUGCAUUUGACGUUACCGAGCUGAUUUGGCAGAGAGUUUAUAUGCAUGUAGGAUGUAGGGGCGGAGGAGGAGGCAGGAUGGAGUGCUCCUGGAAGACAGUGCUGUUGCUGGUGUGUGCCUCUCUGGGGGUCCAGUACACAGCCAUCCGCACCCUGAGGGACUCCCUGUCUGGUCCCUGCCACGGUGGCGUCUACCACUGCCAGAGCCGACAGCCCAAAGACUCCAGGUGGAGAGCUCUGUGUGACGACAGCAUGUUGCCCAUGGAGAUGUCGGCCGCGGCCUCCCGGCGCCACAUCCUCCUGUUCACCACCACGCGCAGCGGCUCCUCCUUCACUGGCCAGCUCUUCAACCAGCACCCUGGAAUCUUCUAUGUCUUCGAGCCCCUUUACCACGUCCAACAGGCCUUCACCAACUCCAGCAGCAGGCUGCGUCGGGCCCUGGACCGCCGGGCCCUGCUGGGGGCCUACCGGGACCUCCUCCUCAACCUCUACACCUGCGACCUGCGCUUCCUGGAGAACUACAUCCGCCCCGAGCCCCAGGAACACAUCACUGGGUCCUUCUUUCGCCGUAGCUCCAGCCGAGCACUCUGCUCCCCCCCUGUGUGCCCCGAGGGUGGGGAGGGGGCCUCUGGGGGUCAGCCUGAUGAGACCUGGUGCCCCAAGAAGUGCGGUGCGCUGAACCUCACCCUGGCCUCCAUGGCAUGUCUGUCGCGGGGUCACGUGGCCAUCAAGACAGUUCGUGUUCCGGAGGUGGGAGACCUGCGUACCCUGACCGAGGACCCACGGCUGGACCUGAGGAUCGUCCACUUGGUGCGCGACCCCAGAGCCAUCCUGGCCUCACGGAUGGUGGCCUUCUCUGAGCAGUUCCGCACCUGGAAGAUCUGGAACGCUACAGGCAGGAAGCCACGCUACGUGGACCUAUCGCAGAUUACCAGCACCUGUAGGGACAUGGCGGAGUCGGCAGAGACGGGGCUGCAGAGGCCGGCGUGGCUGCGUGGACGCUACCUCCUGGUCCGCUACGAGGAUCUGGCCCUCAACCCAGCGGAGAAGGCCCGGGAGCUAUACAAGUUUGUGGGACUGGAGAUGGACGAGAACGUGCGCUCGUGGAUCGCACAGAACACCAACAACAGCGUGCCUUCUACAUCCGAGUGGAACUAUAAGUACUCCACCACCAGAGACUCCAAAGCCACAGUGGAGAGCUGGAGGCUAAGACUAGGGUUUGAUAUAGUGAGGACUUUGCAGACUCUCUGCAAUGAUACACUCUCUCUUCUAGGCUACAGGGCGGUCCACUCUGUGGCUGAUCUCAGAAACAUGUCGAAUAGUUUGGUGGAGCCCAGAACAUUUCAGACUCUCUUAUAACUGUGACCAUGCAGGUGGUUGGAUGUAAUGCUACACGAGCUUCAUAGCGUAACUGUUUUCACACAGGCAGUCCAAUUUGGAUCUUUUUCCACUAAUUGGUCUUUACAAAUCCUCUCCCCUGUAACUAUUCCCCAGGUCGUUGCUGUAAAUGAGAAUGUGUUCUCAGUCAACUUACCUGGUAAAAUAAGGGUUAAAUAAAAAUAAAUAUAUUUUGACCAAUCAGAUCAGCUAUUUUGCCUAUAAUUGGGUAAAAGAUCAGCAUUGGACUGUCUGUGUAGACCUAGCCAAUGACACAAAGUUGUACAUCACCAAAGAUGAUCUAUUAUAUUGACAAGACAGUCGAGUGACCCCUCUAACAAUGGAAAUACAUGUUCUCAAAGAUGGAAGGCAGGCGGGAGGAGACGAGAUCAGGUAGAACCAUUCUAGCCAAUGAGAGUCCAGAUACGUGUGCUAACAACAUACACAACUCCAAUACAAAGUUGUUUGUUUUUUCAAAUGGCACGUGCGUCCACUUAUAUCAGUGCAUUUGUAACAACCUAACCAUUACAAAACUUUUAUUAGAUCAAAUAAGCCUCAUGAAGCAAAUCAGCAGUUUUUGUUGACCAAAUUCAACACAGCCCUCUCAUUGGCUAGAACGGUCCCACUUGCUGAUCUCGCCUCCUCUCGCCUGCCUUCCAUCUUUGAGGACAUGUAUUUCCAUUGUUAGAGCGGUCACUUGACUAUCUUGUAAAUAUAAUAGAUCAUCUUUGCCUGUGUAAACGCAGCCUCGUUGACUUCAUCGCAUUUAAUAUCUCCAAGCAUGUUUUGUUUAUGCCCAGUUGUUUAAGAUAUUUCAGAAAAUGUUUCAGUGGAAUUGAAAUGUAUUUCUUUUACAGUUUGCAUGUGGUUUGAAAAUUGCACUCCAAAAACUGACAGAAGUCAACUACUAGGCCAGUAUGUUACAUGACAGUACAGAAGGAAAACUCAGUUUUUUGAGUGGUCUUAGAUAAAGCUGCUUAAUAUACAGUAUGUUUAAGCGCUGCUUCAUUCAAAGAUCCUGGCUCUGCUCUUAUUUAUUUACCCUUAUUGUAUCAGGUAAGUUGACUGUGAACAUAUUGUCUUUUACAGCAAUGACCUGGGGAAGCUACAUAUACUGAACAAAAAUAUAAACAUGCAGCAAUUUAAUUGACUUUAUUGAGUUACAGUUCAUAUGAGGAAAUCAGUCAAUUUAAAUUCAUUAGGCCUUAAUCUAUGGAUUUCACAUGACUGGGCAGGGGUGCAGCCAUGAGUGGGCCUGGGAUGGCAUAGGCCAACCUGUUUGGGGAGCCAGUCCCAGCCAAUCAGAAUGAGUUUUCCCCCACAAAAGGGCUUAAUUACAGAAAUAAAUACUCCUCUGUUUCAUUAGCUGUCCGGGUGGCUGGUCUCAGACGAUCCAGCAGGUGAAGAAGCCGGAUGUGGAGGUCCUGGGCUGGCGUGGUUACACGUGGUCUGCGGUUGCGAGGCUGGUUGGAAGUCCUGUUAAAUUCUCAAAAAUUAUGUUGGAAGUGGCUUAUGGUAGAGAAAUUAAAUUAAAUUCUCGGGCAACAACUCAGGUGGACAUUCCUGCAGUCAGCAUGCCAAUUGCACGCUCCCUGAAAACUUGAGACAUCUGUGGCAUUGUGUUGUGUGACCAAACUGAACAUUUUAGAAGGGCCUUUUAUUGUACCCAGCACAAUUUGCACCUGUGUAAUGAUCAUGCUGUUUAAUCCGCUUCUUGAUAUGCCACACCUGUUAGGUGGAUGAAUGAUCUUGGCAAAGGAGAAAUGCUCAAUAACAGUGAUGUAAACAAAUUUGUGCACAAAAUUUGAGAGAAUAUUUUUGUGCGUAUGGAACAUUUCUAGGAUAUUUUAUUUCAGCUCAUGAAACACUUUACAUUUUUUGUUUAUAUUGUUGUUCAGUAUGCAUACUCAAGGACAGAGUUAUACUUCACCUUGGAAUGUUAUGUUUUUAUUCAUGUAAAUAUUGUUUUUAUGUUAUUUUUCCUGGAAAUUCAAUGCGUCUAUGCCCAACAUUUUGUAACCAUGUUUUAUUUCCUAGAAAAGAACUGCUGAUGUUGCCCUGGUGCCAGCGCUUAGUAAAUCUAGCCUCAAGUCAG